UAAAAGAGAGACAUGCCCUCAUUCAGACCUACAUACACAGUAAUUCCCGUUGGUUUGCUACAAUUUAUUUUGUGUCAAAGGAAUACAUUGUCUGUUUUUCUGAAAUCCAGUAUUUUUAUUAUUUUUUCACAUCAACAACUCUCACAAGAUGCAGACAGGCUUUGCUCUAAUAUGUGUCUCACUUUGUAUCUUCACUGCACAUCUCUCAAGGACGUAUGGCAUGACACUCAUGAAUCCAGAGAAAAGGGGCUGGACUCUGAACAGUGCUGGUUACCUACUAGGACCAUAUGCUCAAGGAAAUCUUAAUGUAAGACACAGAGCUACGGUGGGCAGGAGAGACAUCUUGAAUGAGAUUUCCAGCUUACCAACAUAUCAGACAUCAAAUGAUGAUUCGUAUCUUCUUUCACUGUUGGCUAAUCUUGCAAACCUGCGCUCAAAAGAAAUGGCAAUGAAUGAAGAUUUCAGUAGCCCUUUAAUCAGUGACCAUACAAAAAAUUAACCCAUUUUUACAUUUGUAGUGCUGUUACUCUGUACCCUCAUCUUUCAUCAUGUUACAAAAUUCAUUUGUUGUUAUAAAAGUAGAAUACAGAUCCACAUGCCAUAAAUAACACUGACUUGUUUAUUAAUCUUCUUUAUAUGUACAAUCAAUCUGUCGCUGUGUUGGUGUAUUAUUUUCUUCUUCAGGGUUGAAAUAAAGUUAACAUUCAAUCUAAGUAAUAAAAAAGA